AUGGCCUUGGAUCAAUCUCAAAAGUUAAAGCGAAGUUUGAAUAGAGAUUCGUCUACUUCUUCGUCGGAGACUGAUGGGGAAAAUUAUUGUAACAGUUGUGAACUUGCAGGUACUGUAUAUAUUAAACUUGUGCAAAUGCAAUAGUCAGUAAUACGUUAUACGUAUAUGUCGAAAUAUUACGUUUAUAUUGACAUACAAGGCUACAUUUUGCUACAAUAUUUUUUUUAUUAUUAUGAUUAGAUGAGGCCUGUGUAGUUUCUGAUAACGCUGUUCCUGACUCAAAUAUGCCAGGAAAUUCACGUGUAACUGAUGUAAGUACCUUAAGUUUAACACUACAGUAGUUCCAAUUGUAACUUAAUUGUGUGUUUGCGAUGUUACUCUGAGUGCAUAUCCACACCGGGCGAGCUUGAAAAAUAUGCCCGGCCACGGUGGGAUUCGAACCUACGAACCCAAUGCUCUUCUGACUGAGCUUCGCGGUCAGGACGGUUCGAGUAAGUGAUAUUUCGGAACAGUAUCUAGUUCCUUCAAUACCAAUGUGUUCUAGUAAUAUGAAUUUUUCUGUGUUGGUGUUGUGGUUAAUAAGCACCCAUGGGUAAUGUUAAGGCUAAGUGAGCCUAUAAUGAACAAUGGUCACAUCAGAUAGUUGUGUUACCCAUUAAUAUACAACCACCUGGGUCUUCCUUUGACGAGUUAAAACAUUGGCUUUCAUCAAACAGACUUAAUGAUCAGACAAGCCAUUUACUGGCAAAAAUCACCCCUCAACAACUAAAAGUAUAUUCAGUUUUGUAACUUUACUUUUUUGACCACUUGCCCUCAGGGCAAGUUGGACAUGAAAAUUAGUUGACCUGAGUAAAAUUUACUUGCCAUCAGACAAUGGCCACUGGGGAACCUAGGCAGGGGGUAUAAAUUAAGGGAACAACAUAUCAACCCGUUCUCCCACUGCUCUCUAUGGCUAUAGUCGUGUUUACACUACAAGCCUUGGCCUGGCCUUGGCCUACAUUUUGACAGUGUAAACAGACUUUGGCCUAGCCUUGGCCUGACCUAGGCCAGGAAAUCUUGGCCCACUACAACCAGUGGCCUAGGCUUGUGGGAAUGUAAACACUUUCGGCCCUGGCCUGGGCCUUAUUUUCAUGGCAACGUGUGUCCACAGUGAGAUAUUAUCAGACAACCAGUAGUGUAAACAUGACAUUUGUUAGUGCCUCAGAUCUAGCUUUGGCCCACAAAAAAACAAAAUUUGAAUCAAGUAUACAUGCACUAUAAAGAAUUUAUCAGACAAUGAAAGCAUAAAUUGGGUCAUUCCAGAAAACAUCCAUACCUCCCCCACAGAGGAAAUUGGAAGUUAACCCCCUACCCCCUUUGGAUGUCCUGAUACAUUUACUAUUAUCAGAAACAAUUUUUUCUCCCCUCCCCCUUUGGAUGGCAGAAAUUUCCUCUGUGGGAGGAGUGUGGAUCUUUUCUGGAACAACCCAUUACCAAGAUGCCCAGCUUUUUGUGGCAAGGCAACUUGCAUUGCCCAAUUGAGCAAGCAAGAUUUACUUGCCCGUCAUGGUAUUCACUUGCCCUGGGCAAGUGUUAAGUUACCCCUCUGACAUAGCAUGACAUUUAAAACACAUCGUUCAAUCGGCACUAAGAACUACGCUUUUAUAAACAUAGUAUAUAAUACCAAGACAUUAACAUAAAUUCACAAUGGAUUAUCAUGACGGGUUAAAAAUUACCCACUGAGUGGGCAUAGACCCAUGCAUGCAUCAUAGGAUAUGGUAAUAAAUUUCUCUAUUAAUCAAUUUAAAUGAAAUCUCUUUAAUCUAAACACUGUCAGAAAAUGGUCUGAAGAAAUUUAUGACAUUGAUGUGCCACAAACUUCCAAAACAAUCUGUGUAAAUGUCAUUCAUGUCGUCCCUUGUCUAGUCUCUCUGUUAAAUCGUGUUUUUAAUAAUUAUCACUUAUAUGUAUUCUGUAUAAAUAGUUAAGGUUACCCAUACAGGAGUGUUCAGCUCUGUCGGUAUAACUUGUCAUUUAUCUGACAAUGAUUGUAAACUAAAAGUAAAAAUAAUGCAGUAACACCAAUUGGGCAAUGCUAGUCAUGAUUAUUGGCAGAGAAUGUGUUUCUCAUUGUUUUAAAAGCAGAUAUUUCAAAUUUUUGGAGACAAUUACAUGGAAAUUAUUAGGGAAUUGGUUCAAAUGGACCUGAAAAGGCAACAUUUUUCGUGUGAAUUUUGUGACCCACAUGCCCUAAAAAUGAUGGUGUUGUCUUUGCUGAAGUGGACAAUGCCUUUUACUUGUUUCUUAAUUUUUAAUUUAAAUUAGGCUUAUAGUCAGCAAGACCCCCAGCUGCCAUGUUGCCCCCCGCACCCCCCAGUUAUCCAUUUUGGCCCCCAGUGAAAAUCCUUUUUCUAAUAAAAUUGGCAAAGAAUCAAAGAAUAAUUUAAUUCAACAGAAUGUAUUAGCACUCCUGUAUUCAGUAAUCCAACUUUGCUUUGCUGAAUAUAAUUCCACAUUUUCACUAUAUAUUAUGAUAUAUAUUGUUGUUCGGUUUGGUGGUCAGGAAAACAAAUUCAAUGUUACUUUGACCCCACUGUCACUAUAAUCUUUACCGGUUAAUAGAAGCUAAUUCCUUUCAGGUUUGAUAAAACAUCAACAUAUUAUGAUCUCAUUUAAUAUUUUGAUACUACUUUUUAAUAAAGUUUGUAUUUUUUUAUUGAAAUGCAAGUACAUUUAGUACAAUUUUUUGAAAAACUUUGGAGGCUUAGAAUGCAGGAAAUACUAUUUCCAGACUACAAAUUUAAAAAUGUUUUCCUGGGAGGGUUUAUUCCCAGAUGGCAGAACCCCUAGUGAAGCAUGGCCUUUUGGCUACAAUCACCCUUCUAUGUUUGUACUGCCUGUGGGGACCACAAGUUAACUUAAUUUAGGCCAUUGCCCCUCCCCCCUCCAACUCAAAAAUUCUUAAAAACUACACUGGCAACGACAAUCUAUAAUAAUUAUGGAUAUAGGAAUUUAGUCUUAUGCGACCUGCUAGGGCCUUUCUAGUAAAAAGUAACAAAACCCUACAUAUAACCAACUAAAAAUGGCUUGCGCAUGAAAUUUAAAAGCUUUAAUCAUAUUUUGAGCUAAUAGAUGGAAAAUUUGUUGGGUUUUUAAUUACUGUAUAAAAUAUCAGACAAUUUGCUUCAGUUUAACUAUUCAUUUUUUCCUAAAAAAUCAGCCUUUCGCAUGCUUAAUUAGGCAAAGGCAUUAAUUAAGAAUGCAAAUAGCUGAUUUUUAGUAAAAAAUGUAAGUUUGCGCGAAAACUUAGGCAAAUUGUUUGAAAUUUUGUACAGUAAUUAAAAAGCCAACAAAUUUUUUAUCUAUUUACUCAAAAUAUGAUUAAAGCUUUUAAAUUUUGUGCGCAAGCCAUUUUUAGUUUAUUGGAAAAGACACACCCCACUGGUUCACAAAAUGAGUUUGAGAAUUUUUUUCAUUAUUUUACAUUAUAAGUACCCAAAGAAACUAUAUACAUAAAAAACUGGAUACUAAUAGCUGUUUUGCAAAAUUGAGAGCAUUUUCAAAUCUGUUCAGUUUUUUUAUACACCCUGUACUGUAAUUUAUAAUUUAUAUAGAUAUAUUGCUAUUAUUCAUUCCAUUCCCAUAUAUACUGUAAUUUUUAUUUAAAAGUGUGAGAAAUUUAUGUUGUAUUCAUAUAUGCAUGUGCAAAAAUGUAGCUCUAUUUAGCAAGAUAUACAUUUUUGUACUGUGUAAUGGAUUUUGUACUAAUGCAAUGGAAGUAACCCAUCCUUGGCUUGAACAAUUAAGUAAAUGAAGGAUUUGCCAUUGUUUUUAUUGGUGCAACAUUUUCCAUAUAUUUACUGCAUACUAACAGAGAUUGUAAGCUAAGUUGAGUUUACAACUAUUUACUAUGGAUUCACGAAUGUGUUUUGCAAGAUGGGACAAUUAGUUAAUUGUUUCUUUUAUGUAACUGUACCUUAGGUUACUGAAAAUGAUGAAAGCUCAGGUGAUUGCAAUGAGGCAAAUAGCGAUUUGUCAGAAGAUGCCAGCACUGAAUUGUCAGAAGCUGAUAACACUGAUGAUGAAAUUUGGCCUGAAGUAUCAGAGCAGCUACUAGAUCAAGACUUAUCUUCAAAAGAGCCUCUUCCGGAUCCUGCACCGAAGCGAAGGAAAGUGCAAGUUGCCAAUUCCAUUCUUCAGUGGUUGUUGUAUUUUCUUUUAAUCUGGCAAGCCGUUUGCCACGUAAGUGACAAUGGCCUAGCAUGGUUGUUGCGUUUUCUUCUACAGUUCCUUAAAGUUUUGAAUAUCCAUCUAACUGGUGAGCUUUUGACGGAACUUAUAGCAAUGUUUCCGACCUCACUGUAUAUGGUUCGCCAGAUUCUUGUUUUAGAUCGCGAUAAUUUUACUAAGUAUGUUGUUUGCCCCAAAUGCACUGCGUGUUAUGAAUUAUCAUCUGUAACGGACAGUUGGUAAAAAGAGUUGUUUUGAAAAACCAUGUUGUUAAGUACUACCCAAUUUAUUAUUAUUGUUACUCAAGUCUGUUAAAUUCUUUGGAAAAAUUACUUGAAAAACCUGGCUUCCCUGAAAAAUGCGAAGAAUGGCGAAAAAGAGGACAAGUGAAUUCAGAACAAAUGACAGACAUUUUUGAUGGUCAACUUUGGAAAGACUUCCAGAAAUAUAACGGCAGUGAUUUCUUAAACGCUCCCAGAAACUAUGGACUGAUGCUUAACUUUGACUUCUUUCAGCCAAUGAAACACAGGAAGGAUUAUUCUGUUGGCGUACUUUAUUUAGUUUUGCUUAAUCUACCUCGUGCUGAACGUUUCAAAUGGGAAAAUGUUUUAGUAGUUGGCAUCAUUCCUGCAAUGGGAAAGGAACCGAAGAAUUUAAAUUCUUUCCUGAAACCUCUCGUGGAGGAACUGAAAGCGCUGUGGAAAGGAGUUCGUUUGGUAUCAAGUCUUAGCACAAUACCACUCAUAUUUAAAGCAGCUUUGCUGUGCACCUCCUCAGAUAUACCAGCAUCACGAAAACUGUGUGGGUUUAAAGGCCACAGUGCAGAAUUAGGUUGCUCGCGAUGUCUCAAGAAAUUUCCAGGUGGCUUUGGUGAAAAACGGAAUUACUCGGGGUUUGACGAAGAAAGCUGGCCAAAACGUAAGAGUGAGAACCACAGGCGUCAAGCAAACAAGAUGUCUCAAUGCAAGACGAAGAAAGAUCAGGAGAAGUUGUCGAGAAAGUACGGUAUAAACUAUUACAGUGAACUGUUAAAGCUCGAGUAUUUCGAUGUGAUAAGGUUUUGUUCCAUAGACCCGAUGCACAAUCUUUUCCUUGGCACUGCAAAAUAUAUAUUUAAGCACUGGGUAGCAGAAGGAAUUCUGAACAAAAAAGACCUGGAGACAUUGGAAAGAAGAAUAGACGGACUCGAGGUACCCGUUGACAUCGGAAGACUGCCAAAGGUAAUUUCUUCAAAUUACGGUUCCUACACUGCAGAGCAGUGGAAAAAUUGGACGCUUGUUUACUCCUUGUAUGCACUAAAAGGUGUUUUACCCGAACAACAAUUUAAGUGCUGGCAGUCAUUUGUAUUGGCAUGUAGGUAUUUGUGCAAGCCCAUUGUAUCCAAUGGUGACAUCAUUCGCGCGCAUUUUUUGCUGUUAAAGUUCGGUACAGAAUGUGAAACGAUAUAUGGUAAUAACUUUUGUACACCUAAUAUGCAUUUGCACUGUCAUUUGAAAGACAUUAUUCGUGAUUUAGGACCCAUCCACUCAUUCUGGUGCUUCAGUUUUGAGCGUUAUAAUGGAAUACUCGGAAGCUUCACAACUAAUAACAGGUCAAUUGAGCUGCAACUUAUGAGGAAACUAACAACACAACGGUUCCUAGACAAUAUGAUUCUGGACAAAGAUUUACACCCAUACUUUCAAGAUGUCGUCACUUUAGUAAAAAAUAAUGCCAGAACUAAUUAUUCAGUUUUCACAAUGUUGGAACUCCUUAACUUCUUCAAUGUCGACGUGGCACCACUGAACGUGAUUGAUUGGAAAAAUAAUUCUGCUAUAAAACUACCCCUCUGUUACAAAGAAAGAAGUGUUGAUAAUGACGAAUUGUCUCUUCUGUUUAAAGUGUACAGUACCAUGUUUCCAGGGAACAAUAUCGUAAUUGAACAGCUAAGCAGAACUAUGAAUAGAUAUAGUACCAUUGAAAUUUUCAACCAACAAUUUGGUUCAAAGUCAGCGUACAGAAGUAAGCGAUCUACAGGGAUUUUAGCCGCAUGGCCGGGAUUAGACGGCGAAAUUGAUUUAACACAAAACACUAUGUCAUUUGGAAUGAUUGAGUUCUAUUUUACGCAUUCGCUGAAGGUUGGUGAGGAAUUUAUGAUAUUCUAUUUUGCAUGUGUAACCUGGCAUCAAACAGUCGACGACACAAACUUUAACUUAAACCCUUUGUGUGUGGCAAGCAUGAAGGAUAAGCUACCACUUGGAUCUUCGCGAUUUUUACCAGUUCAGCGAAUUUCGACAAAAUGUGCUAUUGCAAUUGAAGAAAAUGAGCAUAACGAUAAAAGGUACAUUCUAUCACCUUUACCACGUCACUUUGUUUCAUAGUCGGUUCUUUUGGUGCAUUUGAGCAAAUUGUCGAUAGCGGUUAACACGAGUUGUCUCUUAAAAGUUCAAACUUUUUAUAUUAUUUAUCAAGUACUGUACUAAAAUUAUGGCAUUGUCGAAAUAGUAAAUCAACGCAUAAUUUCGUUGCAUUAUAGAAACAUCCUUACAUACAUUUGUUGAUUAUAUAGCAAUGAAACACAAUAAAACUGUAACAGUCGCAAGCCAAACAUUGCACUGAUCGCUUUUGUCUUACAAAGCCAAUCAGAAAAAUCACAUAUAAAUUUAUCUGCCAAGUACGCUGUCAAUGUGAACACGGUGAAGAUUUGGCACUUUUUAUUAACGAAUAUCGUUAUACUAUACGAUGUUUUUGAUUCGCUUUUAUUAAUACUGUUUGUUAAAUUACCUUUUGUUGGAUGCAAAGACUAAAACUUUUGUUUCAGUUUAUACAUAUAAUUAUAAUAGGUGUUGGGGGGCAUGGAGGGGGGUAAAGGGUUGGAAUUGACUGGGAUUGGUGUGAAAACUGAGCAAUUUCACAUCUAUAAAGUGUCCCAUAUAGUUCCCAUGUCCAACCAAACUCCUUUUGCUCUCUGGCAAAGGUGUGAAGGCGGGUGCUGGCGCCUUAAAACCAGUGUGCUCCUUUAGACCUUGAAUAAGGGCUGUCCAUGUCGGAAUCACAAGCUUGCCCUGUGGCAUUCCGUGUUUCCUAGGCAUGCUGAUGAGCCCUGAUAUUGGCGAAACAGUCAUUUUAACCUUACAUUUCCUUUACCCGAAAAACCUAAAACAUACGUUCUGUAUAUCUAUAGUGGUUGUUUGUCCACAGUCGAAGACAUACGGUAUUAAAGAAAAUAUAAAUUAAACUAGAAAUAUUUAUAGACAUAUUAAUACUUUGUAUCUACGGUUUAUACAUGUACUGUAUAACUUUUGUAAAAAAAACAGUUUUUCACACAAAUCGUGUUUCUCCGUGCCUCAUGGUGUCCCCUACUUUAUUAUAUGCCUACUUUUACUCUGUCUAACGCUGGACAAAAGGAUUGACAAGGAUUGAGAACUAUGAACUCUGUCAUGUCGUAGACAGGUUUUACACAUUUUAAUCGUGUAAAUUGAUGCAAGCUAUGAUACUAAGUUAAACUACUGUACAAAACAUUAAUCUAUAUUUCAGGUAUUGGAUCGGUGUUCUAGGUAUUUUUAUAAAGUUCGUUGAGCUCUAAAGCUAUAUCAAUAGCUUCAGGUCGUCGUUCAGGUGUUCCAUUAAUACAUUUUUUGGCUAUUUUCUGUAGACCAGUUGAUUUAGUGUAAUAAACAACCAAUGAAAUGAUUUGACCAAACGAAUAAAUGUCGCUGGCUGCAGAUGGGGGACUCUUUCCCCAAAUUAUUUCUGGAGCUAUGUGUUUAUAGAAUUUCAAAUAGCGAUCCCGCUCCUUUGAGUUCAGUUUAUAAAGUCUUACAUUCUCUUUUUUUUUCAUUUUCCCAAAAUCAAUUAUAACUGGUUUUCUGAUGCCUGUACUGUUGUGCAAAAUAAUAUUAUUGUGUUUAAUAUCACAAUGAAUAUACCCUUUUAUGUGAAUAUGACCAAGAGCACCACAACAUUUCUCCAAAAUAAAUGCCCAUUCCAUGACAUCUAGGGAGAGGUUCUUUGCUGCAUGAUCAACUGUUACACAAUUUCCAUCAAGUCCAUGAAAUUCGGUAACCAAUGCGUAUGGUUUGGAUUGAAUGUGGACACCAAAUAGAAAAGGCAGACCUUUACAAAGGAAAAGUAAUUUACCAAAAUCAAUAGCAUAUUUUGAAAAAGGUACUGUAACUACCUGUACCUAAACUAUUUCAUCCAUGAAUCUUAUAUUUACAAUAUAAUUAAAUUUUAGACAUUUAUUAGUGAGCACUGUGUCUUGCCUAAUUAAUCAUAUAAUAUAUAUAUAUUAAAUAGUUAUGAUGUAUCAUAUUCUCAAACUGCGAGAAUAAAUUCUAGUCAUGCAAAUUUUCAAACAUUUGUAUUAUUCAAUCUCUAUAGAAAUUCAUUGCUCACAACAUAGCAUGCAGGUUCAGUCAGGGAUUGAUUUAGGACUGGGUGUGCAGCCCCCCCCCCUAGCCUAAGGGGGUGCAGGGGGGUGCUUUUUUCAGGAUAAAGGAAAGAAUAAUUAGAACUGUGAACAACAAUUACAAUUCAAAAACAGUAGUCAAACAAGACUUUGCAGUAGUCAAGCAAGUUUAUGGGCGGGCAGCGCACAUGACCGACACAAAGCUGGCAGAGCACCCCCCCCCCCCUGCCAGAUCUUGCUGGAUCCAUCCCUGGGUUCAGUAGCAUAGCAUUACAAGUUGCCUUUAGGCAUGAGCUGAUAACGUUAACAAACAUAGCUGAUUACGGAGGCCAAUUGUUUCUAGGCAGAUAAAUCGUGAAAAAUAUCGGCUGAUUAAUCGGUAUCUGCCAAUAAUUCUAAGUAGCAACACAAAACGAGCAACAUGUAGUUGUAAAUAUGUUUUUAUUUAUUAUGAUACAAGCUAGUCAACUCAAGAAAAAAUCAACCAACUUAUCUAUCAUCAAAGUUAAGAAUACAGUUAGUAUAGGUAAUCAUGCGAUGGCGAGUACUAUUAAUCCCUAAUUGUACGAGCAACAUCGCAUGAUUACUUGUUUAUUAUUAGCAUGACAAAGUUGGAUACGUACUUCUCAAUGUCAACAUCAUAUUCUCUCGCCAAAGCCCAGUCCUGCCAGACUUUCAACCAAAAUUUGGUGCUUUUGUUUGUAUUUUCAUUUAGUUCUUUUGUUCAAGCAAAAUUUGGUGCUUUUGUUUGUAUUUUCAUCUAGUUCCUCCACGGCAAUUUCAUUUCACGCUUGUGUUUAAAGUACGUUUCCGCCAUUUUGUUUGUUUUGGGAAAAUCAUUAAUUGUACUGCAGUACAAUUAAUGAAAUAAUUGUACUCCUCUCAACCAAUCAGCAUCCAGUAAUUUUGUCAUGCUAAUAAUAAAUUCAAUUAGUAUGUGAUGGUGAGUACAAUUAGGGAUUAAUAGUACGAGUGAUGUUUGGAAAUUUAGCCAAAAUUGUACGAGCUGCCGGGGCGAGUCCAAUUUGGAAAAUUUCCAAACAUCAUGAGUACUAUUAAUCCCUAAUUGUACGAGCAACAUUGCAUAAUUACUUGUUUAUUAUUAGCAUGACAAAAUUGGAUACUUCUCAAUGUCAAUAUUGCUCUAGGCAAGGCCCAGUCCUGCCGCACUUUCAACCAAAAUUUGGUGCUUUUGUUCGUAUUUUCAUUUAUUUCUUUUGUUAAAGCAGAAUUUGGUGCUUUUGUGUGUAUUUUCAUCUAGUUCCUCUAGGGCAAUUUCAUUUCACAUUUGUGUUUAAUUAACUGCAGUACAAUUAAUGAAAUUAUUGUACUCCACUCAACCAAUCAGCAUCCAGUCAUUUUGUCAUGCUUGGAGCUUAAUAGCCUGCUCCAUUGAAUCUAGUAUGAUAAAGCAAUAUUGGACUAGCAAACCACAGGUUGCGGGUUCGAUCCCCACCGCGGUCAAGCUAACUUUUCAGCUAGCCUGGUGUGGACACAAUUAGAGAGCAACAUCAAACAUAUAUCUUCACAUGAGUACAUAAUCAGCAAAAACAGUAUUGCACCAAAACUCAUACCUGGGUGAUCAAAUGAUUGGAUCAUCAGUGCUUCUUGUUCAACAUCCAUUCUUCUACUUUUGUCUUUAAACUGCUUCACACAAACCACAUAACCUCUAUAACGCUUUUUUGAACAGAUGCCAAAUGUUCCUUCUCCUAUUUUGUUGUCGUCUUUUUCAGACAAUUCCUUCAAGUUGGCUAACUCAAUUUCAUGAAAGGCAGACCUACAUAAAAUAAAAGCUGUUACAUAUGGGUAUUCAGAUUAUAAUGUGUUUGUAAGAUCAUGGGCAAACAUUAGGUACAUAGUCUUUUUGACUCAUCAAUGCUUUUCCUUUGUGCAUGUGAGUGUAUGCACCAUACUGUACAUAAAUGAGUAAAUUGGGAUUGUGCUUGAACAAUUUCACCCUGGAAUAUUUUCCAGGAGGUUGGACUACAUUAUGGUAAAUACACUAUGCCCAGGAGAGAAUAAAUAAACAUUUUGUUUUCCCUAACCAAUUUCUUUCGCAAAUAGUGUGUUAUUCUGUUAAGACAAAGAGAGGGAUUGGGCAGGCGACUGAGAAGUAAUUUAAUUUCUCUGGAAAAUACAGUGAAAAUUGUAUUAAGCAGACACCCUUGGGGAAUAGGGUAAAGUGUCCACUUAUCAGAGGUUCUGCCCCCCUUGUGAAGAAAUAAUUAAGACAUAAAUUUCAAGAAAUGAACGGUGUGCGUAUAUUUACAAACGAUUUCAACAUUAAAUUAACAUGAAUAUCAAAAUGGCAAAAUACUUGGUGAAUCAGGUUCUUCAAGACCAUAUGUAGUUUAUAAGUAAUAAAGUUGUGUGAAAACUGUGCGACUGUUUUCGUCCUUCAUCACCGGUAAGCUACUUUCAAUAAAGAGAUCUAACAAUGAGCAAAAUUUGUAAAGAUUAUAAAAAAAUAUAUAAUUUUGUCAGUUUGACACAGGUUUUUUUGUGUCUUUAUGUUCCAAUUUAGGUGUCCGCAUGACCGGCAUCUGCUUAAUAGAGGUGUCCACUUGAUAGAAGUUUUAAUAGUUUUAUCAAUUUGGGGCUUUACAAAGUACUCCCUUAAUUAAUGCAGGGUUCCCGCUUAAUGCAGGGCUGCUUAUACAGGUUUGACUGUAUAUGUCAAAUUCCCAACCUUUGAUUUGAAGAUUGUUAAAAACAUAAAUUAUUCAGAAGAAUUAACUGUUUCCGAGUUAUAAUUAUAAUCAUUAAAUUUUUAAGCAGGACAAAAAUAAAAUGUUCAGUUACAAUUCCCCAUCAUAUAUACACAGCCAUAAGCAUAUCUUCCGACUGGAAUUCCUCAGGGUAAGCAUAUUAUCGACCUCGAAUUCCUCAUCGUAAGCAUAUUAUCUGACUGGAAUUCCUCUGGGUAAGCAAUUAAAUAUCUGACCGGAAUUCCUCAGAGUAAGGAUAUUAUAUUAUCAGGCUGGAGUUCCUCACGGUAAGCAUACUAUUGGACUGGAAUUCCUCAGGGUAAGCAUCUUAUUAGGCAGGAAUUCCUCAGGGACAAAAGCGUUGGGGACCAUGUCCUCAAUGGGAGGGGGGGGGAGGGUACAUAUAAUAAAUGGAAUAGCCCAUUAAACAAACCUAUCCAGACUAUGUCUGAGUACGGUAAGUACUGUUGUCGAUGCCAUGUACGGUAAGUACUGCACAUGGUCUAAAUAGCAACAUUUACUUUUUAAAACAAUUGCUUCAUGCAUGUCACAUGAUGAAUAUCGAAGUUGUCAGUAUUGAUGCCAGUUAUUCAAUUCUCAGUAUCAUCAUUCUUAUAAAAUAUUGCCCACCACUAAAUACAGUAUAUCAAAUUGUCUGCAUUUGGUAUAUCGUGGUUAUAAGGGCCCCUUAAUUAAACAUGAUUUGUCACUAAGCCAUUUAUUUUAUAUAUUUGGGAUUGCUUCAGCUCAUUCAAUGCUCCUGGUACUAAAGUACAUAAAAAUAUUUGCUAGCCAUGUGGAAUAUAAUUUAAUAUAUGUAUCAAUUUUAUAUGGCAAUUGGCUCCAGACCGCCCAAACUUAUUUAUCUUGUAUAGUUCUUAACAAUUUCUGUAUCUACUUACACACUGCUAGUCGUUGUACGUAAUGAUCUUUCCUCUUUCCACUUUCUCCAAUAAUAUUCUGCCCUCGACUUUAGCUGAGAAGCCUGAGAUGUUACUGAACGGCUUGUGGUUUGGAGCUCGAUCUUGACCUGAUCCUUUAUUCUUCCCUUUAGGAGCCUUUGUUUAACACAUCUCGACUCUUUACGCUUUUUUUACGCAGGUAAACAAUUCUGUGCAGCCAUUGUUAAUGGCACUGGGAUUUUAACAUCCAGACGGCUGCGCAUCCCACUGGUAACAAGUGCGCCACUCGCUGUGUGGAAAUGCUGGUCAAAAUGCGCCAUUUCGACCGGCUUUGCGCAAGGUUACCACCAAAAGCUUUACACAAUUGUCUUUGUAUUGAACUGUCAUGUGCGAAACGCUGUGCAGCAAAGAUUAUGCGAAUUUCCCGCUCGCGCACUAUUGUAAUUGGGCUUCGGUCAUUAUUCCCCGGUCGGGGAAAUGUCCCCCAUAGGCUGUGUAAACAUUCUCUCGUGUCUGUUUCAUCAAUGUAAUCGAGUAAGCAAGCCAUCUUUACGUUUUUAGCACAACUAUGAAGGGAAUUCAUUUCUAAAUUACUGGGUAUACGUUAAUAUACCCAACUUGUGCUCUACACGGUAGCUUCUGGACAAUAUGGAUUUUGUUUCUACUGUGGCCUCCGUACAGAAGAAAUAUGAUACAACGAAUGCCUGCUGCGAAAAUCUUUUGCAACCAAUGGAAUCAGGAAUGAGGUCGUUGAGCUGGCGUUCAAUUAAUUAUAAGCUACAUAUAUUUUGAACUGUAUCGUAUCGAAGUUCGAAGUCCUCUCACAACGCUUAGCUCUCACUCACCAAUUCAGUUCUGGCUAGCUGUAAUUUCAACAUGACUACCAACGUUUCUCUGUCAGAUCAGUAUGUUUUGCUGCUGCAAAAUGUUGUACAAGAGAACAGGCUUCUGAGAGAACAAUUGUCGAACACUGUGAGCAGUAAUGAAAAUGCGCUGAAUGAUAUCAAGACGCAGAUGGAUAUUUUGGUCAGAACAAACACCAGCUCAAGACGAGUCAGGCAGACUGGGCAAAAUACACAGAAGGUGCCCAAGGCUUGUAGUGUAAGUAAACGUUUUGAAAGUAAUGUUUUGGUAUAUUUGUUCAUAUCUUUUGAAGAAUAUACGCCAGACAAAUGCAAUGUUUCAUAUGAUGAUUGCAGUAAGGCGUCAUAAAAUUUGAAAUUUUCGCGCCAAAAUUGAAAUUAGUUUACACAUACUGUAUAAUUAUAGUCCAUAAUUUCUGAUGCUAGUCUCUUAACUGUCAAUAGAUCUUAGAAGUGCCCAUGUCAUGCAAUUUUUAAUUUAACUACUUGUUCCAACCUAUACAACUAAGGCCUUGUUUUAAUACAUGAGACCGGGACAAAGUCAACCGGAAUGAAAAUUGAAGUUGUCAACAUGUUUUCAUGAAACUGGUAUGAAAAUCACAAAUCUUUGAUGUAUUCCCCUUGCCAGUCAAUUGCCUUUUUUAGAUGGCUAAUUUUGUUAGCACAUGUUGUUCUAAUAUCAAGGUUACAGCCGAGACCGUUCUAAAAUGUAUUUGUGUUUUCUUUACCCUGAGAGCAGAGCCUGAUUUCCCCUUGCGGCAUAGGCAGCCCAAAAAUGUGUGUUAAAAUUUUUAAGCCCUGUGCAUACUAGGAAACAUUGUUGUGGAAACAUUUGUGAUUCUCAAUGUUUCCGCACAUGUUUCCCUGUUUGCCCACCCGUGGAAGCAUUGUUGUAGAACCCGAGAAGCAAAAAUGUUUCCUAGCAAAUUCAGAAACAUUUGAUGUUUCCCUAUGUUUCUCACUAAUGUUUCCUAGUGUUUGCCCACUCUGGGAAACAAGGUGAAACAUUGGUAGGAAACAAUGUUUCCACAACAAUGUUUCCUAGUUUGCCCAGGGCUUUACCCUCGCACAUGCCGCUCGGGCAUGCAUCGAGUUUACUUUGUUUAUUAUUAUGACAAGGUUGGCAAGAGUUUUAAUGGAAAUUUAUUACAACGUUUACUAGAGUAUUAAUAUUUUGCAAAUUACAAGCAAAAACAAAAUAAAAUGUACAUUGUUUUAAGCACUGGUAAUUCUCCCAUAAUUUAUCAUAAUAAUAAUAAACAAAGUAGACUUGAUGCAUGCCCGAGCGCCAUGCGCGAGGGUAAAAAUUUUAACACACAUUUUUUACCUGCCUAUGCUUGCGGAAAAAAUAAGGCUCUGCCAUUUUUGUGUUUUUGUUCAUGCAAAAUUCUGGACAAAGUAAAGCGGUAGUGUAAACGUCUAUUAUAAAUAAUACUAUGACCGAAACAAAAUGGUUCCGAUUUGACUUUGUUCCGCGGUCUCAUGUUAAUGGUCCAAGAGAUGACUGAAACGACUUAAGGAACCCUAAGGGAAUGUGGGAAAGAUUUGGGACAAGUUACUGUAUGUCAGCACUUCAAAAGUAUACAGCUAUUUCAAUUAUUAAAGGUUGUCAUUGACAAUAUAGUUGAAUGUACAAUAUGUUUAAAACAUCAACAUAGCCUUGUGGGAUUACAGAUAUAGUAAUUAGAACACCUGAUAAUUCCCAUCAUUCUUUCGCACUCAUAUUGGACAUUUGACUAUUGUCGCUGACAACGUUAAUUGAAAUACCGGUAGUACAUACCCUAAUACUGCAAUCUUAACCUACAAUAUUACUCACUGUAUGUAGCUACAGUAUGUGCAUUGGACCUGCCUACUUUAUUUUCUUACUGUACAGUAUGUCUAAUGGGAGUUGAUUUUACCCAUUGAAGGACAGUUUUACACUUAAGUCAUUGAUAAGGAACUACUGUACCUACACUGUGUGAUGAAAAAUUGGAUUUGUGUAGUUUGCUCUGUCUGUGGUGCUUUUUGGUGGUUGAAACAAUUAUUUGUUUUUGUUGGUGGAAAACACAGUGUUGUGCACAUGCUCACAAAGUAUAUUAAUGUUGUUUUUAUGUAAUUACUAGAAUAAUGUCAGAAGAAAGCUCAAGGCAAUAAAAAAUGCAGAUGAAAGUUUGUGCUUUAAAUUAAAUGAAAGGUAGAGUAUGUGAGGCACAACUUUGCAUGUUUUCAUGAAAAAAUGUAUUACCGGUAUUUUUUAUUUUGAAAUUUGUAAACAACAUCCUGAUGAAAAGGCAUGGUCAUUUGUCCAAAAAAGCUCUGUGAGUGAUUUUGCCUAUAAUAUACUGUUUCAGCCAGAAGACAAUCCACCCAGUCGACAUCUCUCUAAUUAAAUGAUUGGUGUGACACAUUAGUAUUGCAGACUAAAUUUACUGCUGGAGGCCAUUUUAUAGGCCGACUAUGAUCAAAAGGUUUUUUUGUAAGCCGUUGUUGUAUUUAAACCAUCCUUUGAGAAUCCUUGCUUAUAAUAUCUUAUUCAUAUUGGAAAUGUACCAAACGAGGUAUUUUUUAUCAUUAUUUGUUACUGUAAUUUUGGGUAAGAAUAUAACAAAGGCCAGCAAUACCAUAAUGUGACACUAAUCCUUUUAGUACACUGUACCAGGUACUGAAAGCAUCUGGGUGAGGAUAUAAUAUUAACUGUAAAUUAAUAAAAAUCUAAAAGUAAAAAGAUGUUAAAUUUAAUAUUUAUUUGGCUUUUAAUUUUCAAAUUUACAUAGCCCGGAAUCUCAGGAAAAUGCCCGACUGUUUAGCAGGCUAGUACAAGAAUUGUACCAUGAAUUUGGUGGACAGGAAAAUUGUCCUUGGUCAGCUGUUGUUCUGAAAGGUAUGGUUGCUUGUAUAAUUAAUGAACUUUAAAUUUAAAGUACAUAUACACAAAUGACGAGAAAGAUAAUAUAUUCUUUAGACCGAUUUUGAAAACUUCCAGAGAUAUUUUGAGGCAAACAUGCCAAAAAUUAUGUUUUUAAAAUCAUGGCUGGGAAAAAAGAGUCGGAGUGCGAAUGGCCCCUAUGACGUCAAUACUUUCAUAGAAAAUAAUCAAUAUAACCACAGACAAAAUGCCUUUGUAUGCGAUUGUCCAACUUUCCAGAUCGUGCGAAUGGCUUAAUACAGUAGUGCACAGCUACCUCAUUUUUUGCGUUGUCGGGUCAAAGACAUAUAUUUCAGAUUUUAAUACACAAUACAAAGUUGAUACGGUUACGAAAUGGUUUGGGCUUUGUGAUACGUUAGUUAAUUUUACUUUAUAGAAAGCCGCGAAUGCUGAUUGAGCUUUUGCAAACUAGCUAUUUGUUCACUGUGGAAAAUAUGUUCAUCCAAACAAUGGCUAGUAUACAGUGUCUGAAGCUAAGAAAAGACUCGCCUUCUCACUUGUUUUGCGAAUACUCAAUGGCGAUUUCCUUGAAAUAAAAUUAACUAAACUGCAUGCAUAAUGGAACACAAAGCCCAAUUUGCUUUAUAACAAUAGAAACAUGACGACGCGAAAAAUCGCAAAUUACAUAUUUACGUACAAUGGUACAUGGCAUUUGGUAUUUGCAUAUUUGGACACUUGGUUGAUCAUGGGUUGAAGUAGUCUAUAAAGUCUCUAAAGUUGAAGUAGUCUAUAAAGUCUCUCUGGAUCAAUACAGUCAGAUAAGCAACCGAGUUGUGGUUCUUUUGGGUAAUUUGGUCGUUUUCAGUUGCACAUAGAAAACUAUAAAUCUGAAAAUGUUUUAACUGAGAAUGAGAUGUUGAAGUUCCUGCAGUGAAAUAUAAAACAAUUGAUUUCUCACAUUACAAUACGUUUGAUUGUUCUGACUGUUCAGCCUUUGAGCCUUCGGUCUCGUGACUCUCGUCUGCUGAAAAUACCGAUGGUAAUCACUGUAUCCCUAUAAUAAUCGCACUGGUGACUUAUAUGUGUUUUAUCUCUUGGCAAAGUCACCAUCCUGACAAAAUUCUCCGACUUGAAAUGUUUGGAAUAUAAUAUUUUUGCGCAUUUGAGCUUCACGAAAUCUACCCAGCGUUUUUGUCUUUUGAUAGCCCCUGCAUGCCUUAUGUACAUCGUAAUCGCGAGGUACUUUGUGCACUAUUAUGCCAUUCGCACGAACAAUCGCAUUCAAAGACAUUUUGCCUGUUGUUAUAUUUGAUGAUUUUACUGUAAAAACAACACGAGUGUAAAUAUGAGUUCCAUAUUUGACGUCAUAGGGGCCAUUCUUUUUUCCCAGUCAUGAUUUUAAAAACCUAUUUUUUGGCAUGUUUGCCUCGAAAUAUACCUGGAAGUUUUCAAAAACGAUCUAAAGAAUAUAUUAUCGUUCGAUUCCUCUCGCUACCGCCGACUUUUUGGCAAAAAAGGUAAUUCGUGUAUAUGCAUUGCACUUUAAUGAUAUGGGGAUUCAGAGGAAUGUUCACUUAACAUUAAACCACAAAACAGUUAAGGUACACGAAUUUAGCAGAACAAACUGUAUAUCAUUAAAAAAUUGCUUGUCGUACAAAAAUUAUUUGGAUAGUCAAAGAUUAGCUUUCGAUAGUCCCAAUAAUUUUUGCAUGCUUUAUUCAUUCUACAGCCAAUGGUAGCAUUACAAACCUGAGAUAGCGGGUAUCGUUAUUGAACUGGAAGUAUAUCCAGCAUUUUAUGGGAAUUUAGUAUAAAAUUAGAGUCAGAAACCAAUGCCAAUGUAGUUAUACUUUCUACUUGUUUUUUAGAAGCAUUCAAGAGGUACUAUAAGUCCUGUAAGGCGAAGGAAAAAAGAAUUGCCAGUGGGCAAAACGAACAACAUGUGCGAAAUUGCAGGCGGAGGAGCAGAAAGGAAGAGGUGUGUUAUUUAGUAUAAUCCCACACUACUUUUAUUUGCACUCAAAUUUCACUUGUCCCUGGAGAGUUUUGCCACUCAAUAGCCGCUUCCCCUUAUUACGUAUUCUGAAUACAACUACCAUGAUACUUUGCGGGUAUUUUCUUCAUUAUGCAAUAACACAUCCGAAAAGCAUGCUGGUAGUUGUAUUCAGAAUACGCAAUAAGGGGAACCGGCUAUUGUUUGACAAAUUUAUCUACCAAUUUCUCUUUGACCCAAUGUCUGGCAAUUAAUUUACCCAAAUACACCCAAUAUAUUUUAUUCUUUUAUCCUUCAUGCCCGACAAUUUUACUAAGGGGGAGGAUGUCAAUUUGAACGAUAGUCCUGUUUUCCUCUCCUGUCACUCCGUCUUCGUGCUAUCGUUAGUUUAGGUGUUGCAUGCAAGUAUCCUGUAUUAAUUUGUAAUGUGACAUAUUUCAUUAAACUAAACUAAACUAAACUGACUUGUCAAGGCCAAGGGAAGAGUUUUGCCACUUAACCUACAGUACAUGUAGUAUCUGCUAAUUUCGUUUGUUAACCAAUUGAGUUGUAAUUCGUGCAAAUGUGUUCUACGUACACUACAGUACCUUAUUCUUUUACUCUCUCUCUAACACCAGUUGAUCCAUAAAGUAGUCUAUAGCUGCUUAAAUAAUGGAUCAAUUAACAAAUCUGUUUGCCAGUUUCUCUUGUUGACGUACCCAUCGAGUAGUAUUAUUUUACCAAAUGCGCCUUAUUGUAAUGCCAGACGACUUUACUUGUUAAGGGGAGAGUCUUGUCACUUAAAAGUAAAAGUAAAAGGUUGAAUGAUGCUAUAUUAUCCAAUUGUUCUUUUUUUAGAAACUGGCACGAAGACUGAAGCAUCUCAACCAUGUUGACUGGAGCCAGAGGAGAGUGGCAAAGGUGGCUGAUGUUCUGAGAAUGGACUUUAUGUCAUCGGAAGAGAGUGAGGUGGAAGAAGAAACCUUGAAAGUUAAACAGUAUAACGUUAGAAGGUUUGCUUGGGAAAGCCGAGAAUUAAGGCGGUUAAAGAGAAAGCUCGACCAAAGCCAUCAAGACUCGCUUCCUGGCCUGUCUAAACGGGUAUUUAUUCCAAGGGAGCAAGGAGAACUGUCCAGUAAGCCGAAGCCAGCCAACUGCCCAGAUUGGGCAUGUGUUGUGGAGAAUGCGCCAACAAAUGCACAAGACGAAACGCCUGAUGACUUGGAUGCUACUGCAGAUCUGAAUGUUUCCCGCUGA